CUUCCCAACGGUUGCCGAUCGGUCGGCCAGGGAAGGGCGAUGGGGGACAGGAAGAGUAUAAGAGGUCAUGGCUGCCGCAGCUCUUCUCGGGCUUACAUCACUUGUUGUACCUCAUAGACUUCCAUCAUAUACACAGAGCUUCCUCAGUCUCUUAUAGAAAGAGACUAUUGUGUUCACUUUACUUCCAUCAACUUCACUAUACCAACACACCAUCACAAUGACCCAGUUCGAGAUUCCAGAACAGCAAUGGGCCCAGGUGGUCGAGAAGAAGGGCGGUCCCGUCGUCUUCAAGCAGAUCCCCGUCCAGAAGCCCGGCCCCGAUGAGGUCCUUAUCAACGUCAAGUACUCUGGCGUCUGCCAUACCGAUCUCCAUGCCAUGAAGGGUGACUGGCCCCUCGCUACCAAGCUCCCUCUUGUCGGCGGCCACGAAGGCGCCGGUGUCAUCGUAGCCAAGGGUGAGCUCGUUACCGAGGUUGAGGUUGGCGACCACGCCGGUAUCAAGUGGCUCAACGGCUCCUGCCUGGCCUGCUCCUUCUGUAUGCAGGCUGACGAGCCCCUGUGCCCUCACGCCCUCCUGUCUGGCUACACCGUCGACGGUUCCUUCCAGCAAUACGCCAUCGCCAAGGCCGCCCACGUCGCCAAGAUCCCCAAGGAGUGCGACCUCGAGACCACCGCGCCCGUCCUCUGCGCCGGUAUCACCGUCUACAAGGGCCUCAAGGAGUCCGGUGUUCGUCCCGGCCAGAGCGUCGCCAUCGUCGGCGCCGGCGGUGGUCUCGGCAGCAUGGCCAUUCAGUACGCCAACGCCAUGGGCCUGCACGCCAUCGCCAUUGACGGUGGCGAGGAGAAGGGCAAGAACUGCCGCGAGCUGGGCGCCCAGGCCUACGUCGACUUCACUACUACCAAAGACCUUGUCGCGGACGUCAAGGCUGCCACCCCCGACGGCCUCGGUCCCCACGCCGUCAUCCUUCUCGCCGUGUCCGAAAAGCCGUUCCACCAGGCCGUCGAUUACGUCCGUUCCCGCGGAACCAUCAUCUGCAUCGGUCUCCCCGCUGGCGCGAAGUUCCAGGCCCCCGUUUUCGACACCGUCAUCCGCAUGAUCACCAUCAAGGGCUCGUAUGUCGGUAACAGGCAGGAUACCCAGGAGGCCCUUGACUUCUUUGCCCGCGGCUUGAUCAAGGUUCCCAUCAAGACGGUCGGCCUCAGCAAACUGCAGGAAGUCUACGACUUGAUGGAGGAGGGCAAGAUUGUCGGCAGAUAUGUCGUCGAUACCAGCAAAUAGAGGAAGAGACAGAUUAUAUGUUAGGCGGCGUUGUUGCUGUUUUUUUUUUCUGAUGAGACGACGAAUUUGUCAUGAGUAUGUAUAUUCGGCAGGCGCUUGUUGAGAUGAGCAUGAACGGACUCAAAAAGGAGAGGGUCGGUUUGGUGGCAGGUGGCUUGGUGUUGAACGGUUGAGCGAGCUAGUACGAGAUAUCCUAUUUCAUAAUGUUGAAACUUUUUGAGCAAAUUUCCUCUCUC